GAAAUACCGUACUAUAUUGCUUAUUCAAAUUGAAAGAUCGUUUGCCGUCUCUUUAGAUGAGAAACACACAUCACAAGGGAUCUAUUUCCAUGGUUUUCCGUGUUUUACUUUUCUGAGGCUAGAAAACUACGCCCGACAAAUGUUCAAAAUGGACAACCCUCUUAGUUACGAAAACGCUCCUAGUUCGAGAGAGUACAAGUAUAAAACCUACAUGCAGAUGAUCGCUCAUUGGGCGCAAUUGUAUCCAAACAAAGAAGCGUUUGUAGAAUAUGACGCAAAUACAAAGAGACAUUCUAUAACCUGCAAAGAGUUGUUGGAGAAGAGUAAAUCUUUUGGGUGGUAUGUGGCCAGUAUUGGAAUCCAAAAAGGUGACGUUGUUGCGUUCUGCAUUAAAAACACCUUGAACAUGCUUAUUGCAAUGUUUGGUGUACAGUUUGCUGGAGGAAUACCUUUUUGAACUUUGCAAAGUAGAAAGUAGAGCGGACGGAACUGACGUUAUAGAUACGAUUCGUGACCAACAUUCCAAACUGCUGAUAAUGGACGCUAAACAAGGGAACAAAGCUGGGAUAUGCUAGAGAACAUACAGUCAUCUCAAAGUGCCGUUUCCCUUCUUGACGUCAUCUACAAUAACGAUUCCCUUGAACUUAUUCAUUUUAACUUUAAAGAAAAAGAGAGUCAAGUUCUCAGUUUAACCAAUACACAGGAAGUAGCCCUUCCGAAUAUCUAUCCUGAAGAUUUAGUUGUGUAUUACAAAACAUCCGGCAGCACCGGUGAACCAAAACUGGUAGGGCAUACACAUAUUGGAUUUCCCGGUAGUACGUAUCUACUCAAGGACUAUUUUGAAAUAGACAGCCAGUCCAGAUAUUUCUAUGACAGGCCGCUUGGGUGGGGUGGAGGGGCUCCAAAUAUGUUCAUCGCUUUUGGAGCAACUCGAGUAAUCGUUGACAGUUCAUUGUCAAUUCAGAAAAACAACAUAGAUUUUCUGUCUGACAUCAUAUACCAAGAGAAGUGCACACACGUGUACCUACCUGGUUAUCUCGCCUCGGACCUUCUUGGAAGUCGUGGAAAUGAGACCAAAUUUUCUACUGUCAAAGUUCUUAAUUAUAGCGCAGAAAGAUUCUCAAAGCGAUUUACAGAAUUGCUGUGCCGCUUUUGUAAGAAAUUGGGUCAUUUUUUAUGGGUCAGUAGAGUCAGCCGAAAUAUCAGCUUUUUCCUCCCAUAAUUCAGUAGAGUAUGAGGAUGGCAUUAUUGGGAAACCUUUACCAGGAAUUGAGAUGAAAGUUGUUGACGAACAUGGCAAUGUUGUGCCACGGGGACAGGUAGGAGAGCUGCAUGUCAGGAGCGUUUAUAGAUUCCUACAGUAUAAAGAUAUGCGGGAAAAGUUUUUAGAUACAGUUGACAAAGGAAAUUGGUUUCACACUAGUGAUGUGGCGCAUAUACGAGCAGAUGGCAACUUUAUUUUACAUGGACGGACAAGCGAACGAAUGUCUGUUGGUACUGUGAAGAUCUUUCCUCAAGAACUCGAGAAAAUCUUAAUCAGUUGCUCGGAAGUAGAGGCCGUGGUAGUCGUACCGGUUCCUGACGAAAGAUUACACCAUGCCAUAUGCGCUUGCAUCGUGCUAUCGAAGAUAAAGCGUGUUGGAGUAAAGGAUAUGCACACAUAUUUCGACCAUUUAUGGACUGAAAUCGCUUUGAGAAAUUUCCGGAAAAUGCAAAUGGUAAAAUUGACAGGAAAAAAAUUGCAAUGAUAGCUGCAUCGCAUCUAAAUCUUUGUUGAAAAUGACAUAACAAGAAACAUACUUUUCAGAUCACAUGUAGAUAACGAUCAUUCUUGUCAGUUUGUCUUCUUCUUCCAAUACAUAUACGUAGGGAAAUUACACCUUACAUGGUCAGCUCUUUAUGUAAAAUGUUCUGACAAACAUGAAUGAAAUAUAAUAAUUAUGAUGUGUUCGACAUAUUUAAGGAUGUCUUAGUUCGUUUGAGUUUUGGAGAAAGCCUUCAACGUACUGCCGUUACUUGACUGUCGUUGUCGGUGUCAAUGACGGCUUUGAUAAUUAUUAUUGUUUAUGUCCACUUUUUAUAAAAAAAAAUACUAUAACAGCUAUAGCUUUCAACUUAGCACACGUGUUUAUAAUCAUUAGGUAUGUAAGUAUGCCAAGAAGCAUAACUCUUGCAGAACGGUUCCAUUUUAUCAGAAAGGAUGGCAUUUGUUGCGGUGACACACACCAACGAACGACAAAUUGCAAUGUUAGUGUCUACGAUUACUCGUUUGCUCGGGUUGUAGACAAGAGAAAGGGCGACAACUACCGAUUUCUCGUGAUUGUAAACCAUUAAUCUCGUAAAAUACAUCAAUCUAUUUAGCGUGUAAUAUACAUGUAUUAAAAGGGACAAUAAAAUAUCUGACUUAUUUUCUUGACACCACGUUAUGC